UGCUGCUAAUAGGAACUGUCCUUGAAGUGACUGGAACGGUUAGCGUAUGUGCGCUCGCUAAUUAGCGAAUCGGCAAGUCCCGUGCGCGAGACUUCCACACUUCGAAAUCGCAAACUCACACCACGCACAUCCUCACCAUCAUCAACGACAUCUUCAGCGAACCCACUAACGCCCACAGGAUUCAAGAUGUCGACAUUCGAGCCGGUGAUCGUCAUUGAUGGCAAAGGACACCUGCUCGGUCGUCUGGCCAGCACCGUCGCGAAGCAGCUUCUGAAUGGUCAGAAGAUUGUUGUAGUGAGGUGCGAGGCUCUUAACAUCUCUGGAGAGUUCUUCCGCGCCAAGUUAAAGUACUCCGCCUUCCUACGCAAGCAGACUCGUUACAACCCAACCCGCGGUGGUCCUUUCCAUUUCCGCGCACCGUCUAAAAUCUUUUGGCGAACUGUCCGCGGUAUGAUCCCUCACAAGACCGCUCGCGGUGCUGCCGCUAUGGAUCGUCUCAAGACGUUCGAGGGUGUCCCACCACCAUAUGACCGCAAGAAGCGCAUGGUUGUCCCCCAGGCUCUACGUGUUCUUAGACUGAAGCCCGGUCGUAAAUACUGCACCGUUGGACGUCUUGGUCACGAGUUCGGCUGGAAAUACCAGGAUGUCGUUGCUAGACUUGAGGAGAGGAGAAAGGUCAAGGGUGAGGCUUACCACCAAAAGAAGAAGGCGCUGAGGAAGCAGCAACUGCAAGCUAAGUCGAGUGCGAACAUCGACUCGACAACGGCCAAGAAGUUGGCUGAGUUGGGCUACUAGAUGUCGGGGAGACUCGGGAGAUGUGCUCGGUAGGGCUAUGGGGACGAAGCUCGUUAUCAUGAUUCUGGCGCGAUUGCAUGGGAAUUACGGUCUUCUCAAAAACUUUCAAUAUGCAACAACAAACUAGAGCUCAUGCGCUGGGAUUGGAGGGAUGAUAUUGUUGCCGAUAACAAUGCGACAGUAGAGUAUUACUCUAGUCCUUUGUUCGCAGGAGCUUCAAUGGCUUGCAUCGUGCCUUGUAGAACAAGAAUACCAAUUCUACAAA